GCCUGGACAAUAGCCUUGCUCUCAACGGCGGUGAAACCAAGGAACUGAUUUGGAAGAGGAAGGGUCGAGGAUCCAUAAAUCUAUCUUCAUCGAUGGGACGGUGGUGGUGAGAGUCAAAGAACUCCCAAGAUCCUGGAUUGAAGAUCUGUUCUCGACCCAGCUCAUUGAUGCAAUCAUAAAUGCCGUGAGCCUGAAGCAAGCACAAGUGAAGUAAAAGACCCAUUACCAGCCAAAGAAGUGGCAGCGAUUUUGUUUCCUGUUUAAAGAGACAAAGAAAUUGCACAAACAUGGCCAAGAAAGAGGAUGACCUUGAUGUGUUGCUCCCUAGCUGGGCGGGGGCUGCUGCACAUGGGUUUACUAUAAGUGGCAGUGAUGAUGGCAUCUUCAUCAAGGACGUGGUUGAAAACUCCCCAGUAGGAAAGAGUGGAGUAAUGAAAGAAGGUGACCAAAUCGUAAGUGCAACUAUUUACUUUGAUGAAAUGGGGUAUGAUGAAGCACAGAAAAUUCUACAGACAGUGGAUCGACACACAGUGGGACUGAAGUUACAUCGGAAAGGAGAAAGGCUUUCUCCCGGGGGAAAUUACUCCUGGGACCCGGAUCGAUUUGGGGCCACGAGUCCAGAAGCUGUAUUGAGUGGAGAUGAUGAAGACUAUCAGAGGAUUUUCAGAAAGAAAAUCAAGCCUCGUCUGAAGUCAGAAGAUGGUAUAGAGGCACCAGAUCAAGAUGACAUGUCUUCCAGUGUACGUAUCACCAGAAAGGUCAUUACACGCACAGUUCAUGUGACUAAUCCCACAGCUAUGACAGAUGUAGACAUCCACAGUCCAGAAUUUAAAAUAAAAGUCCCACGGCAUGAGCAAGUCAGUAUUGAAGGAUCAGGACCAAGGCUGGAAUCAUCAGAGAUGGAUAUGGAUGUUAAUCUCGCGGGCGCGGAAGGUUUAAAAUUUCAAAUGGGAGAUGGUCAACGGACAACACACACCAUGCACAUUGUAAAAACAAAAGUUGUAGAGGUGACUGGACCUGAUACAGAACAUGGCCAAACUACUUUCCACAUGCCGCAGAUCAACUUGGCAGGUGGAACAGUGCAAACAUCCAACCUUGAUGUCAAAUUUGCAAACACAGACAUGGGUAGGUCUGCACCAAAUGUUGAUGUCAGUCUCCCAAAGACGAGUAUUGGCUUUUCAGACCCAAACGUUACAACAGGUAUGCAAGUGGCUGCCAUUGAUACAACAAUAAUGAAACAAAAUGUUCAUACUGAAGAUUCAGAUGGAAAAAUCAGCACGCAUUCAAUCAAGAUGCCAGCGUGUACUAUUUCUGAAAUGCACAUUGAAAGCAAAUUCCCAGAAGGCGAUAUUAAAGCAACUGGAACCAAGAUCAAAGGUAAUGUUGAAAUGCAUGAUACAGAUCUGGCUUCUGGUAAAAUCAGAAAACCACAAUAUAAGAUUUCAGGAGUCAAUGUUUCAGAAUCAAAAUAUCAUAUCUCUUAUCCAGAUCUGGAAAUCGAACAAACAAAAGUGACAGAAGAACUUGACGCCCCAAAGAUCACUUUUGAGCGUGACAUUAAAGUUCCAAAUGUGAAUAUUAAAGGCACCAAAGUUGAGACAACUGCAAUGAAACAAAGUGGCCUCAAGUUUGAAGCGCCAUCUACACAUUUUGCCAAGCAACAGGCUCCAGAUUUGAAUCUCAAGGGCCCAAAGGUGAAAGGAGAACAUUGCAUUCAAAUGCCUUCUGCAAAUACAGAGGUGAGGAUCAAAGGUCCUAAGGUGGAUGUGGAUAUGCCAGAGGCUGAGAUUGAAGGGCGCAGUGCAAUGUUCAAUUUGCCAAGAUUCAAAACACACAAAUUCCAAACUAGUGGGUUGAAGCUGGAAGGUCAAGAUGUGAACAUUGAUGCCAAUCCUCCCGAGGUAGAUGUUAACCUAUCAGGACCCUCGUUGAAAGGAGAAGCUCAAAUGCCAAAUGUCAAUGUUGAGGGAACCGGUAAAAUAUCGGGAGCAAAAUUUGGUAUGCCAGGAUUCAAUGUCUUAGCACCUAAAACAGGAAUGGCCGAUUAUAAUCUGGACUUUAAAGGUCCAAAAGUGGAAGGAGAUAUUGCCGUUCCUGAUGUAAAUCUGAAAGGUGACAUUAAGGGCCCAAAAGUAGAUUUUAAAGGCCCCAAAGUUCAAAUUGAGGAAACUGAUAUAAAAGGAAGUGGAGCCCAGUUUUCAAUGCCACAUAUGAACUUGCCCAAGGUUCAGGCUCCUGAAAUUGAUUUGAAUUUCAGAGGCCCAAAACUGGAAGGGGAUCAUGGUAUUGGUGUACCUUCGGGAAAGGUGGAGAAAGAGCUCAAAGGACCUCAGGUAGAUCUUGAUGUGGGCGUAUCAGGAGCAGGAGGUACAAAGUUUGGCCUGCCAAAACAUAAACUGCCCAAAUUCCACAUGGAUGGGUCCAAAGUGGAAGUUCCAGUUGUCCACAUGGGUGGGAACAUUUGUGGCGCUGAUGUUAAACUCUCUGGAUCAAAGCUAGGAGGGGAUGUUAAAAUACCAGAUGUAGAUGUUGAGGGAACUGGUAAAAUAAAGGGCUCAACAUUGAAAGGGGACUUGGCUUCUGGAAAGGUGGAGGGAGGGAUCAAAGCACCUAAGGUUCAUGUUGACAUGGAUGUGCCAAGCGGUGAUGUUGGAGGUGUCAGUGGAAACAUGCGCGUGCCAAAAUUUAAAUUGCCCAAAUUCCAAAUGAGUGGGUCUAAAGUGGAAUGUUCAGAUUUGGACUUUGAUGUGGAUAUUCCAAGUGGCGACAUUAAACUAUCUGGACCCAAGCUAGAAAGAGAUGUUGAAAUGCCUGAUGUAGAUGUAGACGUUGAGGGAGCUGUUAAAAUCACAGACCCUAAAUUCAGCAUGCCAGGAUUCAAUCUGUCAGCACCCACGAUAGGAAUGCCUGAUGUUAAUCUGGACCUCAAAGGAACAAAAAUAGGCCAAAUCGAAGUCCCCGAUGUCAAAUUAAAACGUGAUAUCAAGGGCCCAAAUCUCGAUAUUAAAGGUCCCAACGUUAAUAUCGAGACACCUGACUUAAAGGGAAGAGGAGUUAAGUUUUCACUGCCAUCGAUGCAUUUGCCCAAGAUAGAGGCACCAGACAUUAACUUGAAUUCCAGAGGUUCAAAACUGAAAGGAGACUAUGGUGUUGACAUGCCUUCUGGAAAGUUCGAGGGAGAGAUCAAAGGACCUAAGGUUGAUGUUGAUGUGGAUAUGCCACAAGUUGAUGUUGAAGGAGAUGGUGGAAACUUCAGCUUGCCAAAGUUUAAAUUGCCCAAAUUCCACAUGGGUGGUUCAAAAGGAGGUCCAGAUGUGGGAGUUGACAUGAAUCUUCCUGAGGCCGAUGUUAAACUAUCUGGACCUAAGAUAGAAGGAGAUGUUAAAAUGCCCGAUGUAGAUGUAGAUGUUGAGGGUGCAGGGAAAUUCAAAGGCCCAACAUUCAAAACCCCAGGAUUCGAUGUCUCAGCACCCAAGAUACGAAUGCCUGAUGUGGACCUCAGAGGUCCAAAAAUGAGAGGAAAUUAUGACGUGGAUUUGCCGUCUGGAAAGGUGGAGGGCAAGAUCAAAGGACCCAAGGUUGAUGUGGAUGUGCCAGGGGGUGAUGUGGAAGGAGGCGGUGGAGGAUUCAGCGUGCCAAAAUUUAAAUUGCCCAAAUUCAGAAUGGGUGGGUCUAAAGUGGAGGGCCCAGAUAUGGACAUUGAUGCAAAUAUUCCUAGUGGUGACAUUAAACUAUCUGGACCCAAGCUGGAAGGCGAUGUCGAAAUGCCUGAUGUAGAUGUAGAUGUUGAGGGAGCUGGUAAAAUCAAGGGAUCUAAAUUCCACAUGCCAAAAUUCAAUCUCUCAGCACCCAAAAUAGGAAUGCCUGAUUUCAAUCUGGGCGCCAAAGGUCCAAAAGUGGAAGGAGAUGUUGGUAUUCCUGAUGUUAACCUGGAAGGUGACAUUAAGGGUCCGAAUGUCGACAUUAAAGGCCCCAGGGUUGAUAUUGAGACACCAGAUGUAAAUGGAAGCAAGGGCAAGUUUUCAAUGCCAUCCAUCCAUAUGCCUAAGUUUCAUGCACCAGAUAUUGAUUUGAAUUUCAAAAGUCCAAAAGUAAAAGGUGACUAUGAUGUUGAAAUGCCUUCUGGAAAGUUCGAGGGAGAGAUCAAAGCACCUAAGGUUGACGUUGACAUGGAUGUGCCAGGGGGUGAUGUUGAAGGAGUCGGUGGAAAGUUCAGCUUGCCAAAAUUUAAAAAGCCUAAAUUCCACAUGGGUGGAUCUAAAGUAGAAGUUCCAGAUGUGGACAUUGAUGCAAACAUUCCUGAGGCUGACGUUAAACUAUCAGGACCUAAGAUACAAGGAGGUGUUGAAAUGCCUGAUGUAGAUCUAGACAUUGAGGGUGGCAGUAAAAUUAAGGGACCUAAAAUCCAUAUGCCAAAAUUCAAUCUCUCAGCACCCAAAAUAGGAAUGCCUGAUUUCAAUCUGGGCGCCAAAGGUCCAAAACUGGAGGGUGAUGUUGGUAUUCCUGAUGUUAACCUGGAAGGUGACAUUAAGGGUCCAAGUGUUGACAUUAAAGGCCCCAGAGUUGAUAUUGAGACACCAGAUGUAAAAGGAAGUGGAUUCAAGAUGUCAAUGCCUUCCAUCCACAUGCCUAAGUUUCAGGCACCAGACCUUGAUUUGAAUUUCAAAGGUCCAAAUCUAAAAGGAGACUAUGAUGUUGAAAUGCCUUCUGGAAAGGUGGAGGGUGAAUUCAAAGGACCUAAGGUUGAUGUGGAUGUGGAUGUGCCACAAGUUGAUGUUGAAGGAGAUGGUGGAAAGUUCAGCUUGCCAAAGUUUAAAUUGCCCAAAUUCCACAUGGGUGGUUCAAAAGGAGGUCCAGAUGUGGGAGUUAAUAUGAAUCUUCCUGAGGCCGAUGUUAAACUAUCUGGACCUAAGAUAGAAGGAGGUGUUAAAAUGCCCGAUGUAGAUGUUGAGGGUGCAGGGAAAUUCAAGGGCCCAUCAUUCAAAACGCCAGGAUUCGAUGUCUCAGCACCCAAGAUACGAAUGCCUGAUGUGGACCUCAGAGGUCCAAAAAUGGGAGGAAAUUAUGACGUGGAUUUGCCGUCUGGAAAGGUGGAGGGCAAGAUCAAAGGACCCAAUGUUGAUGUGGAUGUGCCAGGGGGUGAUGUGGAAGGAGGCGGUGGAGGAUUCAGUAUGCCAAAAUUUAAAUUGCCCAAAUUCCGAAUGGGUGGGUCUAAAGUGGAGGGCCCAGAUAUGGACAUUGAUGCAAAUAUUCCUAGUGGUGACAUUAAACUAUCUGGACCCAAGCUGGAAGGCGAUGUCGAAAUGCCUGAUGUAGAUGUAGAUGUUGAGGGAGCUGGUAAAAUCAAGGGAUCUAAAUUCCACAUGCCAAAAUUCAAUGUCUCAGCACCCAAAAUAGGAAUGCCUGAUUUCAAUCUGGGCGCCAAAGGUCCAAAAGUGGAAGGAGAUGUUGGUAUUCCUGAUGUUAACCUGGAAGGUGACAUUAAGGGUCCGAAUAUUGACAUAAAAGGCCCCAGAGUUGAUAUUGAGACACCAGAUGUAAAUGGAAGCAGGGGCAAGAUUUCAAUGCCAUCCAUUCACAUGCCUAAGUUUCAUGCACCAGAUAUUGAUUUGAAUUUCAAAAGUCCAAAACUAAAAGGAGACUAUGAUGUUGACAUGCCUUCUGGAAAGUUCGAGGGAGAGAUCAAAGGACCUAAGGUUGAUGUUGAUGUGGAUGUGCCACAAGUUGAUGUUGAAGGAGAUGGUGGAAAGUUCAGCUUGCCAAAGUUUAAAUUGCCCAAAUUCCACAUGGGUGGUUCAAAAGGAGGUCCAGACGUGGGAGUUGACAUGAAUCUUCCUGAGGCCGAUGUUAAACUAUCUGGACCUAAGAUAGAAGGAGGUGUUAAAAUGCCAGAUGUAAAUGUAGAUGUUGAGGGUGCAGGGAAAUUCAAAGGCCCAACAUUCAAAACGCCAGGAUUCGAUGUCUCAGCACCCAAGAUACGAAUGCCUGAUGUGGACCUCAGAGGUCCAAAAAUGGGAGGAAAUUAUGACGUGGAUUUGCCAUCUGGAAAGAUGGAAGGCAAGAUCAAAGGACCCAAGGUUGAUGUGGAUGUGCCAGGGGUUGAUGUGGAAGGAGGCGGUGGAGGAUUCAGCAUGCCAAAAUUUAAAAUGCCCAAAUUCCGAAUGGGUGGGUCUAAAGUGGAGGGCCCAGAUAUGGACAUUGAUGCAAAUAUUCCUAGUGGUGACAUUAAACUAUCUGGACCCAAGCUGGAAGGCGAUGUCGAAAUGCCUGAUGUAGAUGUAGAUGUUGAGGGAGCUGGUAAAAUCAAGGGAUCUAAAUUCCACAUGCCAAAAUUCAAUCUCUCAGCACCCAAAAUAGGAAUGCCUGAUUUCAAUCUGGGCGUCAAAGGUCCAAACGUGGAAGGAGAUGUUGGUAUUCCUGAUGUUAACCUGGAAGGUGACAUUAAGGGUCCGAAUGUCGACAUUAAAGGCCCCAGAGUUGAUAUUGAGACACCAGAUGUAAAUGGAAGCAAGGGCAAGUUUUCAAUGCCAUCCAUCCAUAUGCCUAAGUUUCAUGCACCAGAUAUUGAUUUGAAUUUCAAAAGUCCAAAAGUAAAAGGAGACUAUGAUGUUGAAAUGCCUUCUGGAAAGUUCGAGGGAGAGAUCAAAGCACCUAAGGUUGAUGUUGACAUGGAUGUGCCAGGGGGUGAUGUGGAAGGAGGCGGUGGAGGAUUCAGCAUGCCAAAAUUUAAAAUGCCCAAAUUCAGAAUGGGUGGGUCUAAAGUGGAGGGCCCAGAUAUGGAUAUUGAUGCAAAUAUUCCUGAGGCUGACGUUAAACUAUCAGGACCUAAGAUACAAGGAGGUGUUGAAAUGCCUGAUGUAGAUCUAGACAUUGAGGGUGGCAGUAAAGGCAAGGGAUCUAAAUUCCACAUGCCAAAAUUCAAUCUCUCAGCACCCAAAAUAGGAAUGCCUGAUUUCAAUCUGGGCGCCAAAGGUCCAAAAGUGGAAGGAGAUGUUGGUAUUCCUGAUGUUAACCUGGAAGGUGACAUUAAGGGUCCGAAUGUCGACAUAAAAGGCCCCAAAGUUGAUAUUGAGACACCAGAUGUAAAAGGAAGUGGAUUCAAGAUGUCAAUGCCUUCCAUCCAUUUGCCCAAGUUUCAUGCACCAGACCUUGAUUUGAAUUUCAAAGGUCCAAAUCUAAAAGGAGACUAUGAUGUUGACAUGCCUUCUGGAAAGGUGGAGGGUGAAUUCAAAGGACCUAAGGUUGAUGUGGAUGUGGAUGUGCCACAAGUUGAUGUUGAAGGAGAUGGUGGAAAGUUCAACUUGCCAAAGUUUAAAUUGCCCAAAUUCCACAUGGGUGGUUCAAAAGGAGGUCCAGAUGUGGGAGUUGACAUGAAUCUUCCUGACGCCGAUGUUAAACUAUCUGGACCUAAGAUCGAAGGAGGUGUUAAAAUGCCAGAUGUAGAUGUAGAUGUUGAGGGUGCAGGGAAAUUCAAAGGACCAUCAUUCAAAAUGCCAGGAUUCGAUGUCUCAGCACCCAAGAUACGAAUGCCUGAUGUGGACCUCAGAGGUCCAAAAAUGGGAGGAAAUUAUGACGUGGAUUUGCCAUCUGGAAAGGUGGAAGGCAAGAUCAAAGGACCCAAGGUUGAUGUGGAUGUGCCAGGGGUUGAUGUGGAAGGAGGCGGUGGAGGAUUCAGCAUGCCAAAAUUUAAAAUGCCCAAAUUCCGAAUGGGUGGGUCUAAAGUGGAGGGCCCAGAUAUGGACAUUGAUGCAAAUAUUCCUAGUGGUGACAUUAAACUAUCUGGACCCAAGCUGGAAGGCGAUGUCGAAAUGCCUGAUGUAGAUGUAGAUGUUGAGGGAGCUGGUAAAAUCAAGGGAUCUAAAUUCCACAUGCCAAAAUUCAAUCUCUCAGCACCCAAAAUAGGAAUGCCUGAUUUCAAUCUGGGCGUCAAAGGUCCAAAAGUGGAAGGAGAUGUUGGUAUUCCUGAUGUUAACCUGGAAGGUGACAUUAAGGGUCCGAAUGUCGACAUUAAAGGCCCCAGAGUUGAUAUUGAGACACCAGAUGUAAAUGGAAGCAAGGGCAAGUUUUCAAUGCCAUCCAUCCACAUGCCUAAGUUUCAUGCACCAGAUAUUGAUUUGAAUUUCAAAAGUCCAAAAGUAAAAGGUGACUAUGAUGUUGAAAUGCCUUCUGGAAAGUUCGAGGGAGAGAUCAAAGGACCUAAGGUUGAUGUUGACAUGGAUGUGCCAGGGGGUGAUGUGGAAGGAGGCGGGGGAGGAUUCAGCAUGCCAAAAUUUAAAAUGCCCAAAUUCAGAAUGGGUGGGUCUAAAGUGGAAGUUCCAGAUGUGGACAUUGAUGCAAACAUUCCUGAGGCUGACGUUAAACUAUCAGGACCUAAGAUACAAGGAGGUGUUGAAAUGCCUGAUGUAGAUCUAGACAUUGAGGGUGGCAGUAAAGGCAAGGGAUCUAAAUUCCACAUGCCAAAAUUCAAUCUCUCAGCACCCAAAAUAGGAAUGCCUGAUUUCAAUCUGGGCGCCAAAGGUCCAAAAGUGGAAGGAGAUGUUGGUAUUCCUGAUGUUAACCUGGAAGGUGACAUUAAGGGUCCGAAUGUCGACAUUAAAGGUCCCAAAGUUGAUAUUGAGACACCAGAUGUAAAAGGAAGUGGAUUCAAGAUGUCAAUGCCUUCCAUCCAUUUGCCCAAGUUUCAUGCACCAGACCUUGAUUUGAAUUUCAAAGGUCCAAAUCUAAAAGGAGACUAUGAUGUUGACAUGCCUUCUGGAAAGGUGGAGGGUGAAUUCAAAGGACCUAAGGUUGAUGUGGAUGUGGAUAUGCCACAAGUUGAUGUUGAAGGAGAUGGUGGAAAGUUCAACUUGCCAAAGUUUAAAUUGCCCAAAUUCCACAUGGGUGGUUCAAAAGGAGGUCCAGAUGUGGGAGUUGACAUGAAUCUUCCUGAGGCCGAUGUUAAACUAUCUGGACCUAAGAUCGAAGGAGGUGUUAAAAUGCCAGAUGUAGAUGUAGAUGUUGAGGGUGCAGGGAAAUUCAAAGGCCCAUCAUUCAAAAUGCCAGGAUUCGAUGUCUCAGCACCCAAGAUACGAAUGCCUGAUGUGGACCUCAGAGGUCCAAAAAUGGGAGGAAAUUAUGACGUGGAUUUGCCAUCUGGAAAGAUGGAAGGCAAGAUCAAAGGACCCAAUGUUGAUGUGGAUGUGCCAGGGGGUGAUGUGGAAGGAGGCGGUGGAGGAUUCAGCAUGCCAAAAUUUAAAAUGCCCAAAUUCCGAAUGGGUGGGUCUAAAGUGGAGGGCCCAGAUAUGGACAUUGAUGCAAAUAUUCCUAGUGGUGACAUUAAACUAUCUGGACCCAAGCUGGAAGGCGAUGUCGAAAUGCCUGAUGUAGAUGUAGAUGUUGAGGGAGCUGGUAAAAUCAAGGGAUCUAAAUUCCACAUGCCAAAAUUCAAUCUCUCAGCACCCAAAAUAGGAAUGCCUGAUUUCAAUCUGGGCGCCAAAGGUCCAAAAGUGGAAGGAGAUGUUGGUAUUCCUGAUGUUAACCUGGAAGGUGACAUUAAGGGUCCGAAUGUCGACAUUAAAGGCCCCAGAGUUGAUAUUGAGACACCAGAUGUAAAUGGAAGCAAGGGCAAGUUUUCAAUGCCAUCCAUCCACAUGCCUAAGUUUCAUGCACCAGAUAUUGAUUUGAAUUUCAAAAGUCCAAAAGUAAAAGGAGACUAUGAUGUUGAAAUGCCUUCUGGAAAGUUCGAGGGAGAGAUCAAAGGACCUAAGGUUGAUGUUGACAUGGAUGUGCCAGGGGGUGAUGUGGAAGGAGGUGGUGGAGGAUUCAGCAUGCCAAAAUUUAAAAUGCCCAAAUUCAGAAUGGGUGGGUCUAAAGUGGAGGGCCCAGAUAUGGAUAUUGAUGCAAAUAUUCCUGAGGCUGACAUUAAACUAUCAGGACCUAAGAUACAAGGAGGUGUUGAAAUGCCUGAUGUAGAUCUAGACAUUGAGGGUGGCAGUAAAGGCAAGGGAUCUAAAUUCCACAUGCCAAAAUUCAAUCUCUCAGCACCCAAAAUAGGAAUGCCUGAUUUCAAUCUGGGCGCCAAAGGUCCAAAAGUGGAAGGAGAUGUUGGUAUUCCUGAUGUUAACCUGGAAGGUGACAUUAAGGGUCCGAAUGUCGACAUAAAAGGUCCCAGAGUUGAUAUUGAGACACCAGAUGUAAAAGGAAGUGGAUUCAAGAUGUCAAUGCCUUCCAUCCAUUUGCCCAAGUUUCAUGCACCAGACCUUGAUUUGAAUUUCAAAGGUCCAAAUCUAAAAGGAGACUAUGAUGUUGACAUGCCUUCUGGAAAGGUGGAGGGUGAAUUCAAAGGACCUAAGGUUGAUGUGGAUGUGGAUGUGCCACAAGUUGAUGUUGAAGGAGAUGGUGGAAAGUUCAACUUGCCAAAGUUUAAAUUGCCCAAAUUCCACAUGGGUGGUUCAAAAGGAGGUCCAGAUGUGGGAGUUGACAUGAAUCUUCCUGACGCCGAUGUUAAACUAUCUGGACCUAAGAUCGAAGGAGGUGUUAAAAUGCCAGAUGUAGAUGUAGAUGUUGAGGGUGCAGGGAAAUUCAAAGGCCCAUCAUUCAAAAUGCCAGGAUUCGAUGUCUCAGCACCCAAGAUACGAAUGCCUGAUGUGGACCUCAGAGGUCCAAAAAUGGGAGGAAAUUAUGACGUGGAUUUGCCAUCUGGAAAGGUGGAAGGCAAGAUCAAAGGACCCAAGGUUGAUGUGGAUGUGCCAGGGGUUGAUGUGGAAGGAGGCGGUGGAGGAUUCAGCAUGCCAAAAUUUAAAAUGCCCAAAUUCCGAAUGGGUGGGUCUAAAGUGGAGGGCCCAGAUAUGGACAUUGAUGCAAAUAUUCCUAGUGGUGACAUUAAACUAUCUGGACCCAAGCUGGAAGGCGAUGUCGAAAUGCCUGAUGUAGAUGUAGAUGUUGAGGGAGCUGGUAAAAUCAAGGGAUCUAAAUUCCACAUGCCAAAAUUCAAUCUCUCAGCACCCAAAAUAGGAAUGCCUGAUUUCAAUCUGGGCGCCAAAGGUCCAAAGGUGGAAGGAGAUGUUGGUAUUCCUGAUGUUAACCUGGAAGGUGACAUUAAGGGUCCGAAUGUCGACAUUAAAGGCCCCAGAGUUGAUAUUGAGACACCAGAUGUAAAUGGAAGCAAGGGCAAGUUUUCAAUGCCAUCCAUCCACAUGCCUAAAUUUCAUGCACCAGAUAUUGAUUUGAAUUUCAAAAGUCCAAAAGUAAAAGGUGACUAUGAUGUUGAAAUGCCUUCUGGAAAGUUCGAGGGAGAGAUCAAAGCACCUAAGGUUGAUGUUGACAUGGAUGUGCCAGGGGGUGAUGUGGAAGGAGGCAGUGGAGGAUUCAGCAUGCCAAAAUUUAAAAUGCCCAAAUUCAGAAUGGGUGGGUCUAAAGUGGAGGGCCCAGAUAUCGAUAUUGAUGGAAAUAUUCCUGAGGCUGACGUUAAACUAUCAGGACCUAAGAUACAAGGAGGUGUUGAAAUGCCUGAUGUAGAUCUAGACAUUGAGGGUGGCAGUAAAGGCAAGGGAUCUAAAUUCCACAUGCCAAAAUUCAAUCUCUCAGCACCCAAAAUAGGAAUGCCUGAUUUCAAUCUGGGCGCCAAAGGUCCAAAAGUGGAAGGAGAUGUUGGUAUUCCUGAUGUUAACCUGGAAGGUGACAUUAAGGGUCCGAAUGUCGACAUUAAAGGUCCCAAAGUUGAUAUUGAGACACCAGAUGUAAAAGGAAGUGGAUUCAAGAUGUCAAUGCCUUCCAUCCACAUGCCCAAGUUUCAUGCACCAGACCUUGAUUUGAAUUUCAAAGGUCCAAAUCUAAAAGGAGACUAUGAUGUUGACAUGCCUUCUGGAAAGGUGGAGGGUGAAUUCAAAGGACCUAAGGUCGAUGUUGAUGUGGAUGUGCCACAAGUUGAUGUUGAAGGAGAUGGUGGAAAGUUCAGCUUGCCAAAGUUUAAAUUGCCCAAAUUCCACAUGGGUGGUUCAAAAGGAGGUCCAGAUGUGGGAGUUGACAUGAAUCUUCCUGAGGCUGAUGUUAAACUAUCUGGACCUAAGAUCGAAGGAGAUGUUAAAAUGCCCGAUGUAGAUGUAGAUGUUGAGGGUGCAGGGAAAUUCAAAGGCCCAUCAUUCAAAAUGCCAGGAUUCGAUGUCUCAGCACCCAAGAUACGAAUGCCUGAUGUGGACCUCAGAGGUCCAAAAAUGGGAGGAAAUUAUGACGUGGAUUUGCCAUCUGGAAAGGUGGAGGGCAAGAUCAAAGGACCCAAUGUUGAUGUGGAUGUGCCAGGGGGUGAUGUGGAAGGAGGCGGUGGAGGAUUCAGCAUGCCAAAAUUUAAAAUGCCCAAAUUCCGAAUGGGUGGGUCUAAAGUGGAGGGCCCAGAUAUGGACAUUGAUGCAAAUAUUCCUAGUGGUGACAUUAAACUAUCUGGACCCAAGCUGGAAGGCGAUGUCGAAAUGCCUGAUGUAGAUCUAGACAUUGAGGGUGGCAUUAAAGGCAAGGGAUCUAAAUUCCACAUGCCAAAAUUCAAUCUCUCAGCACCCAAAAUAGGAAUGCCUGAUUUCAAUCUGGGCGCCAAAGGUCCAAAAGUGGAAGGAGAUGUUGGUAUUCCUGAUGUUAACCUGGAAGGUGACAUUAAGGGUCCGAAUGUCGACAUUAAAGGCCCCAGAGUUGAUAUUGAGACACCAGAUGUAAAUGGAAGCAAGGGCAAGUUUUCAAUGCCAUCCAUCCAUAUGCCUAAGUUUCAUGCACCAGAUAUUGAUUUGAAUUUCAAAAGUCCAAAAGUAAAAGGAGACUAUGAUGUUGAAAUGCCUUCUGGAAAGUUCGAGGGAGAGAUCAAAGCACCUAAGGUUGAUGUUGACAUGGAUGUGCCAGGGGGUGAUGUGGAAGGAGGCGGUGGAGGAUUCAGCAUGCCAAAAUUUAAAAUGCCUAAAUUCCACAUGGGUGGAUCUAAAGUGGAAGUUCCAGAUGUGGACAUUGAUGCAAACAUUCCUGAGGCUGAUGUUAAACUAUCAGGACCUAAGAUACAAGGAGGUGUUGAAAUGCCUGAUGUAGAUCUAGACAUUGAGGGUGGCAUUAAAGGCAAGGGAUCUAAAUUCCACAUGCCAAAAUUCAAUCUCUCAGCACCCAAAAUAGGAAUGCCUGAUUUCAAUCUGGGCGCCAAAGGUCCAAAAGUGGAAGGAGAUGUUGGUAUUCCUGAUGUUAACCUGGAAGGUGACAUUAAGGGUCCGAAUGUCGACAUUAAAGGUCCCAAAGUUGAUAUUGAGACACCAGAUGUAAAAGGAAGUGGAUUCAAGAUGUCAAUGCCUUCCAUCCACAUGCCCAAGUUUCAUGCACCAGACCUUGAUUUGAAUUUCAAAGGUCCAAAUCUAAAAGGAGACUAUGAUGUUGACAUGCCUUCUGGAAAGGUGGAGGGUGAAUUCAAAGGACCUAAGGUCGAUGUUGAUGUGGAUGUGCCACAAGUUGAUGUUGAAGGAGAUGGUGGAAAGUUCAGCUUGCCAAAGUUUAAAUUGCCCAAAUUCCACAUGGGUGGUUCAAAAGGAGGUCCAGAUGUGGGAGUUGACAUGAAUCUUCCUGAGGCUGAUGUUAAACUAUCUGGACCUAAGAUUGAAGGAGAUGUUAAAAUGCCCGAUGUAGAUGUAGAUGUUGAGGGUGCAGGGAAAUUCAAAGGCCCAUCAUUCAAAAUGCCAGGAUUCGAUGUCUCAGCACCCAAUAUACGAAUGCCUGAUUUUAAUGUGGACCUCGGAGGUCCAAAAAUGGGAGGAAAUUAUGACGUGGAUUUGCCGUCUGGAAAGGUGGAGGGCAAGAUCAAAGGACCCAAAGUUGAUGUGGAUGUGCCAGGGGGUGAUGUGGAAGGAGUCGGUGGAGGAUUCAGCAUGCCAAAAUUUAAAAUGCCCAAAUUCAGAAUGGGUGGGUCUAAAGUGGAGGGCCCAGAUAUGGACAUUGAUGCGAAUAUUCCAAGUGGUGACAUUAAAUUAUCUGGACCCAAGCUAGAAGGCGAUGUCGAAAUGCCUGAUGUAGAUAUUGAAGGAGCUGGUAAAAUCAAGGGCUCACAAUUCAGAAUGCCAGGAUUCAAUAUCUCAGCACCUAAGAUCGGAAAGCCUGAUUUUAAUCUUGAGUUCAAAGGUCCAAAGGUGGGAGCAGAUGUUGAUAUCCCUGAAGGUGACUUUAAGGGCCCAAAUGUCGACAUUAAAGCACCCAAAGUUAAUAUUGAGGCACCAGAUGUGAAAGGAAGUGGAGGCAAGAUUUCAUUGCCAUCCAUCCACUUGCCCAAGAUUCAGGCACCAGAACUUGAUUUCAGUCUCAGAGGCCCAAAAGUAAAAGGUGACUAUGAUGUUGAGGUGCCUUCUGCAAACAUAGAGGGAGGGAUUAAAGCACCGCAAAUUGGCGGGGAUGUAUCUGGGGUAGACGCAGAUGGAGGCAGUGGAAAAUUCAACUUCCCAAAAUUCAAAAUGCCCAAAUUCCGAAUUGGUGGGUCCAAGGAGGGAGGCCUUGACGUGAACCUAGGUGCUAAUGUUCCUGGAGCUGAUGUUAAGUUAUCUGGACCCAAGAUGGAGGCAAAGAGUCCAGAUGUUGAUGUUAGUCUGAAAGCUCCAAAAGUGAAAGGGGAUUAUGAUAUUAAUGUACCUUCUGGAAAAGUACAGGGUGAGAUCAAAGGACCUAAGCUAGAUGUUAAUAUGCCAGGGGCUGAUGUUGAAGGAGGCUCUGGAAAGUUCAGCUUCCCAAAAUUUAAAAUGCCCAGAUUCCAUGUUGGUGGGUCUAAAGUGAAAGGUCGUGAUAUAGAAAUUGAAGGCCCCAAAAUUGAUCUUGAAGGACCUGACAUAAAAGGUGGUGGUGGCAAGUUCUCAAUGCCCAAGAUACAUGCACCAGAUGUUGAUUUGAGUUUAAAGAGCCCAAAAUUGAAAGGAGACUAUGAUAUUAACAUGCCGUCUGGUAAAAUAGAGGGAGAGAUGAAAGCACCAAAGGUAGACAUUGAUAUGGAUGUGCCAGGCACUGAGGUGGAAGGAACAAGUGGAAAGUUUGGCUUCCCAAAAUUUAAAUUGCCUAAAUUCCAUAUGGGAGGACCUAAAAUUGAAGCCCCAGAUUUGGACAUUAAUGCUAAGCUUCCCCAGACAGAUGUUAGCCUAUCUACACCCAAGCUGGAAGGCGAUGUCAAGAUGCCUGAUGUUGAUGUAGAUGUUGAGGGAGCUGGUAAAAUCAAGGGCUCUAAAUUCAGCAUGCCAGGAUUCAAUAUCUCAGCACCCAAAAUAGGAAUGCCUGAUUUCAAUCUGGGCGCCAAAGGUCCAAAAGUGGAAGGAGAUGUUGGUAUUCCUGAUGUUAACCUGGAAGGUGACAUUAAGGGUCCGAAUGUUGACAUUAAAGGUCCCAAAGUUGAUAUUGAGACACCAGAUGUAAAAGGAAGUGGAUUCAAGAUGUCAUUGCCAUCCAUCCACAUGCCUAAGUUUCAGGCACCAGAUAUUGAUUUGGAUUUUAAAGGUCCAAAACUAAAAGGAGACUAUGAUGUUGAAAUGCCUUCUGGAAAGUUUGAGGGAGAGAUCAAAGCACCUAAGGUUGACGUUGACAUGGAUGUGCCAGGGGGUGAUGUGGAAGGAAUCGGUGGAAAGUUCAGCUUGCCGAAAUUUAAAAUGCCUAAAUUCCACAUGAGUGGCCCUAAAGUAGACGUUCCAGAUGUGGACAUUGAUGCAAAUAUUCCUGAGGCUGAUAUUAAACUAUCAGGACCUAAGAUACAAGGAGGUGUUGAAAUGCCUGAUGUAGAUCUAGACAUUGAGGGUGGCAGUAAAAUUAAGGGACCUAAAAUCCAUAUGCCAAAAUUCAAUCUCUCAGCACCCAAAAUAGGAAUGCCUGAUUUCAAUCUGGGCGCCAAAGGUCCAAAAGUGGAAGGAGAUGUUGGUAUUCCUGAUGUUAACCUGGAAGGUGACAUUAAGGGUCCGAAUGUCGACAUAAAAGGCCCCAGAGUUGAUAUUGAGACACCAGAUGUAAAUGGAAGCAAGGGCAAGUUUUCAUUGCCAUCCAUCCACAUGCCUAAGUUUCAGGCACCAGAUAUUGAUUUGAAUUUCAAAAGUCCAAAACUAAAAGGAGACUAUGAUGUUGAAAUGCCUUCUGGAAAGUUUGAGGGAGAGAUCAAAGCACCUAAGGUUGACGUUGACAUGGAUGUGCCAGGGGGUGAUGUUGAAGGAAUCGGUGGAAAGUUCAGCUUGCCGAAAUUUAAAAUGCCUAAAUUCCACAUGGGUGGCCCUAAUGUAGACGUUCCAGAUGUGGACAUUGAUGCAAAUAUUCCCGAGGCUGACAUUAAACUAUCAGGACCUAAGAUACAAGGAGGUGUUGAAAUGCCUGAUGUAGAUCUAGACAUUGAGGGUGGCAGUAAAAUUAAGGGACCUAAAAUCCAUAUGCCAAAAUUCAAUCUCUCAGCACCCAAAAUAGGAAUGCCUGAUUUCAAUCUGGGCGCCAAAGGUCCAAAAGUGGAAGGAGAUAUUGGUAUUCCUGAUGUUAACCUGGAAGGUAACAUUAAGGGUCCGAAUGUCGACAUAAAAGGCCCCAGAGUUGAUAUUGAGACACCAGAUGUAAAUGGAAGCAAGGGCAAGUUUUCAUUGCCAUCCAUCCACAUGCCUAAGUUUCAGGCACCAGAUAUUGAUUUGAAUUUCAAAAGUCCAAAACUAAAAGGAGACUAUGAUGUUGAAAUGCCUUCUGGAAAGUUUGAGGGAGAGAUCAAAGCACCUAAGGUUGACGUUGACAUGGAUGUGCCAGGGGGUGAUGUUGAAGGAAUCGGUGGAAAGUUCAGCUUGCCGAAAUUUAAAAUGCCUAAAUUCCACAUGGGUGGCCCUAAUGUAGACGUUCCAGAUGUGGACAUUGAUGCAAAUAUUCCCGAGGCUGACAUUAAACUAUCAGGACCUAAGAUACAAGGAGGUGUUGAAAUGCCUGAUGUAGAUCUAGACAUUGAGGGUGGCAGUAAAAUUAAGGGACCUAAAAUCCAUAUGCCAAAAUUCAAUCUCUCAGCACCCAAAAUAGGAAUGCCUGAUUUCAAUCUGGGCGCCAAAGGUCCAAAAGUGGAAGGAGAUGUUGGUAUUCCUGAUGUUAACCUGGAAGGUGACAUUAAGGGUCCAAGUGUUGACAUUAAAGGCCCCAGAGUUGAUAUUGAGACACCAGAUGUAAAAGGAAGUGGAUUCAAGAUGUCAUUGCCAUCCAUCCACAUGCCUAAGUUUCAUGCACCAGAUAUUGAUUUGAAUUUCAAAAGUCCAAAACUAAAAGGAGACUAUGAUGUUGAAAUGCCUUCUGGAAAGUUUGAGGGAGAGAUCAAAGCACCUAAGGUUGACGUUGACAUGGAUGUGCCAGGGGGUGAUGUUGAAGGAAUCGGUGGAAAGUUCAGCCUGCCGAAAUUUAAAAUGCCUAAAUUCCACAUGGGUGGCCCUAAUGUAGACGUUCCAGAUGUGGACAUUGAUGCAAAUAUUCCCGAGGCUGACAUUAAACUAUCAGGACCUAAGAUACAAGGAGGUGUUGAAAUGCCUGAUGUAGAUCUAGACAUUGAGGGUGGCAGUAAAAUUAAGGGACCUAAAAUCCAUAUGCCAAAAUUCAAUCUCUCAGCACCCAAAAUAGGAAUGCCUGAUUUCAAUCUGGGCGCCAAAGGUCCAAAAGUGGAAGGAGAUGUUGGUAUUCCUGAUGUUAACCUGGAAGGUGACAUUAAGGGUCCAAGUGUUGACAUUAAAGGCCCCAGAGUUGAUAUUGAGACACCAGAUGUAAAAGGAAGUGGGAGCAAGUUUUCAUUGCCAUCAAUGCAUUUACCUAAAUUACACGCUCCGGAUAUAGAUUUGAAUUUCAGAGGCCCAAAAGUGAAAGGUGACCAUGAAAUUGAUGUGCCUACUGGAAAGAUAGAAGGAGAUAUAAAAGGACCUAAAGUUGAUGUUGAUGUGCCAGGGAUUGAUGCUGAAGGAAGCGGUGGAAAGUUCAGCUUCCCAAAAUUUAAAUUUCCCAAAUUCCGACUAGGAGGGCCUAAAGUGGAAGGUCCAGAUGUGGACAUUAAUGCUAAGGUUCCUACUGCUGACAUCAAACUAUCUGGACCUAAGAUGGAAGGAAAUGUUGAAAUGCCAGAGAUGGAUGUAGAUGUUGGGGGGAAAGUCAAAAGCCCAAAAUUCAAAAUGCCAGGAUUCAAUAUCAACGCACCAAAUAUAGGAAUGCCUGGCUUUAAAGUGGAAGGUCCAGAUGCGGACUUUGGUGCUAAACUUCCAGAGGCAGAUAUUAAAUUAGCUGGACCCAAGGUGGAAGGAGAUGUUAAAAUACCUGAUGUUGAUGUUGAGGGUUCUGGUAAAUUCAAGAGCCCAAAAUUCAAAGUGCCAGGUUUCAAUUUCUCAGCACCAAAGAUAGGAAUACCUGAUUUUGAUCUUGAGUUCAAGGGUCCAAAAAUGGGAGGAGGUGUUGAUCUUCCCGAUGUCAAUUUGGAAGGUGACAUUAAGAGCCCACAUGUCGAUAUUAAAGGCCCCAAUGUUGAGAUUGAAGCACCUAAUUUAAAAGGACGUGGAGGCAAGUUUUCAUUACCCAAGAUCUCUGGUCCCAAGGUAGCUGGUGUUGAAAUUCCUGAUGUUGAUCUAGAUGUUGAAGGAGGUUCUAAAAUCAAAGGUACAAAACUAAAAAUGCCAGGAUUUGAUAUCUCAGCACCCAAAAUAGGAAUGCCUGAUUUUAAUUUGGAGCUCAAAAGCCCGAAAUUGGGAGGUGACAUUGAUGCCCCAGAUCUUAAUAUGGAGGGUGACAUCAAAGGCCCAAAUUUUAAUAUUAAAUCUCCGAAAGUUGAUCUUAAAAUGCCAGAUGUGAAAGAAAGUGGCCCCAAGAUUUCACUCCCUUCUGUACAUUUACCUCACAUAAAAACACCAGACUUUGAUUUGGGUUUCAAGGGAUCAAAAUUGAAAGGCAGUUCGGACAUUGACAUUUCUUCCCCAAACAUUGGUGGAGAAAUUAAAGGGCCAAAAAUAGACGUUGAAGCACCUGAUAUUGACUUGGAGGGUACAGGUGGACAUUUCCAUAUGCCAAAGAUUAAAAUGCCCAAGUUCAAAAUAGGUGGCACAAAAAUAGACGGGCCUGAUGUAGACAUUGAUGCCAGUGUUCCUAAGGCAAAUGUUAAAAUUGAUGGGGCUGAUGUACCUGAAAUAAAUUUGGAUGCAGACAGUAAAAUCAAAGGUCCUGGAUUUCAAAUGCCAGGGUUCAAUAUCUCGUUACCCAAAUUUAAAGGUCCUAAUGCAGAUGUUAAUUUAAAAGGCCCAGAACUAAAAGGUGGUGUUGAAGUCCCUGACAUUAAUAUGGGAGGUGACAUCAAAGGCCCAGAGUUUGAAAUGAAAGGUCCUAAGGUAGAUAUUGUGGGGAGUGGAAUUAACAUUGAGGGACCUGAUUUAAAAGGAGAUGGACACAAGUUUUCAACACCUGCAUUGGACAUUGGCUUGAAAGAUCACGAUUUGAAAGGCACUGCUGACAUUAGAUCCCCUGGUUUUGGUAUUGAUGUAAGUGCACCCAAAAUAGAUGUAGGUGGUGAAGGAGGAGCACACCUAAAAAUGCCAAAGAUGAAGAAACCAAAAUUUGGAUUUGGAGUUAAAGGACAAGGAGACAUAAGUGCUCCUUCUCUGGAUGUAGAUGUACCAAGUCCAGAUGUAGAUGUUAAUGUUGAUUCCCCAGACAUUAGUGUUAAAACAAAGGGGAAAAAGGGGAAAUUUAAAAUGCCUAAACUCAACAUCAAGUCAAAGAAAACGAAGAGUGACCUUGAUUUAUCCAAACCAGAUAUAGACAUUAAAUCCCCACAUCUAAGUGCAAGUCUUGGAUCAUCUGAUGAACAGUUAAAUAUUAAGUCAUCAAAACUAAAGAAAUCACGUUUUGGAAAAGUAAAGUUAUCAUUUCCGGAUGUUGAAUUUGAUUUGGCAUCACCAAAAGUGAAAGGCGAGUUACCCAAUGCAAAGGCCGAAGGAGAAUUACAAGUACCCAAUGUCAAUUUAUCAUCACAUGAUAUGAAAGGUCCCCAUAUUGACAUUAGAGCACCUGGGAUGAAUGUCAAUACAGAUGCUGACUUACAAGGGCCUGGCGUUAAAGUAAAAGGCUCAAAAUUUCCUAACGUAAACAUCAAAUCGCCCAAAAUGGCUGAUACAAAUAUGGAUAUCAAUUUGAAGGGCACUGGCCUGAAAGGUGAAGCGUCAGGAAACAUAGAAGGGCCAACAAUAGGCAUAAAGAGACCAGAAAUAAAUUUUGACGUUGAUGCUCCAAAUGUGGAUAUUGAAAAACCAGAAGGUAAAUUAAAAAUGAAAAUGAAGAAGCCAAAUGUUACCGUUUCAGGACCAAAUGUAAACCUAGAUACAUCAGGAGGUGCAGAAGGAAAGUUAAAAAUGCCUAAAAUGAAACUCUCGAGUUUUGGUUUGGGUAGCAAAGCAGGAGAAAUAGAUACAAAUGUUGCUGUCAACCUUCCAAAAGCAGAAUUUUCAGGUCCAAAACUCGAAGGUGGCAUUGAUAUGCCAUCAACAGAUGUCAAUAUUAGUGCUCCAAAACUGAAUCUUGAGUCUCCAGAUGUUCGUUUUGGGGGUCUUGAAGGAAAGCUGAAAAUGCCUGAAUUGAACAUCUCUGGUGGUAAAGACAAAGGGUCUGGUCUGAAUCUUGGCAUUAAUGCACCAAAGAUAGGAGGUGACUUGAAGACAUCGGGUUUAGGUCUGAAUGUGGAGGCGCCUGAUAUGGGUAUAAAUACUGAAGGUAAAAUCAAAGGCCCACAAAUUGAUAUGUCAGCACCUGAUGUGAGUGUGGAUUUAAAGGAUCCACAGCUCAAAGGCAGCAUCAACCUCCCUGAUCCAAAUAUCAAAGGAAUCUUUAAAGGACCACAUAUGGAUGUGAAAGGUCCUGGUAUUGAUGUUGAUGGGGGAGAUUUCAACAUUGAAGGUGGGAAAGUAAAGAUGCCUCAGAUCAACAUUCCAAAAGUUGAUACUAACAUUGCAGGACUGAAUGUGAAAGGUGAUAACUUUUCAGGGUCUGGAAUUUCCGCAUCUGAUUUUGGCGUUAACGUAAAGGGGCCUACACUAGGUACUAAACUAUCUGGACCAAAGAUGGACAUAAAAUCCCCGAAAGUGGAAAUUGAAGGGCCAAGUAUGAAACUGAAUGGAGCAGACGUCAAUAUUGAUGGUCUAAAAGAAAAAUUCUCCAGUGCUGCACCUAAAGCUAAUAUUGAAUUUUCCGGGGCUAAGUUUGAAGGAGGUAGUUUAAGUGCUGAUGUACCAGUAAAAGGUGGCAUUGGAGUGUCCAGUUCCAAAAGUGUUUUUUAUGAUCCCGAGUUAGAUGUCAAGGCACCUGGAAUGAGUGCAGACAUCAGAUCAAUUGAACUAGAUGUUCCAUUGGACAAAAUGAAAAUACCAAAAUUCAAGCCGUCCCAAUUUAAAAUUAAAAGCCCAAAUUUAGAAGAGAGAGAAAUUGCAGUGGGUGCCAGAGUUCCUGAAAUUACUUCUUCUGCACAAGGUCCAGGUAUCAACAUCAAAGGACCACAGGCCAGUGUCAACCUGCCAGAAGGCGAGAUGGAAAGCACGGGGGUCAAAGUUAAAAAGGGUAAAAUUAAAAUGCCCAAAUUUAAUUUCUCCAGGUCAAAGGGGAAAAGUAGUUCAGAAGGAUUAGAGGGAGAUAUCAGUGCAUCUGGACCAAAGAUUGAUAUGAAGGGCUCCAAAGGAAGCCUGGGUUUUGGUGAUAUUGAGGUGGAGAAAUCAGAAAUAUCAAUAGCUGGGAAGGAUCCUAGCUUGGACAUUGCCACUUCCCCUAAAGGGAAGUCAGGAACACUAGAUUUCUCUUUAUUUAAAGGCAAACGGUCAGAACGUCACAGAUCAUCAUCUCUGAGUGAUGAGCAUGAACUCUCCCCUUCUUCUCCCAAGGGCAAAUUAGAAUUUGAAGAGGGGGCUGCGGGUGCAAAAGGCAAAAAGUCUAAGUUGAAAUUUGGAACAUUUGGAGGCUUUGGAGCUAAAUCAAAGGGCUCCUAUGAGGUCACUCUCAAUGAAGGCGAAGCGGAAGUCGAGGGCAGUGAAAUCGCUCUGGUUUCCAAAAAAUCCCGUAUCCCUUCCACUUCCAGCAGUGACAGCGGAUCUCGAGCAGGAUUGCGCUUUCCUAAAGUAGAACUAAAUAUCAAUAAGAAAAAAUAAUAAUUAUGUAAAUAUGCCCGUCACUGUAAAUAGAAAUUAACUGCAUUACUUUACAUGGAAAAGCCAAGGCAUGGAGAUCCAUUAGACUUCAUCCCUAUUUCAUUUGCAGGUCAAAAGUAGGAUGGAAUAUUUAAAGUGUUGAAUUCCUUUUUCUUUAAUGCAAGGAAUAGAAUCGUGUCAGACCUGACCUGCAGAUAUUUCAGUACACUUCUGUAUCAGCUAAAAAUCAAAUUAAAGUUCUAUUACUACAAGCUGAGAGCAAUAGCUAACUAGCAGGAAAAAAAUAAAACCUAUUUUGAUACAUUUUCUAUGUAGCAGUUUAUUAUUUUCAUAUAUUUGGUAAAAUGGAGGUGUUAAGACAUGUAAUCACUGGUGCUCUCUCUGGCUUACUUUAUUCGAUAGAGUUGCAGCUAAUGUAUGAGAGGUUUUACUGAAAUUUGACUUCUGAUGAAAACACACAGAGACAUUGGUAGAGGAAGAAUUUAAGCUGUCUUUAGACAAAUAGGUUAUUGCUUACCCACGUAAGGUGAAAUCUGGCAAAAAGACAAAUAGCCUCAAUUCACACUGUCAUAAUAGCAGUAUUGUCAGGAUCCAACAACAAUCAGUUUGGCCUGUAUCUUUUCUCCGUAAAUUAUUAGGACUGCAAUAAAAUAUAACAUUCUGUUCUGGGUAGUUUAAAUUCUUCAGCUUUGUAAAUGUGUAAGUGUGUUCUGUGGAACUAGUUAGGGCGUAUUUCUACUGUGAAUUAGUACAUUAACACCACCAUCGCUUCCCUGACCCGAGCCACAAAUUUGUGGUGAUGAUGCUGCUGCUGUUGUAAUCUUUUAUUUCCAUAUCCUUCUUUCACAAGAGUGAAUUACUCACUACUCAACCAUCAUAUAUCCAGUUUGGUUGCACUUUAAACUUCCCAUCUCCUCCGCGACUUCUCAAAGCCACUCUACCUUCUACCCCUACAAUCCGGUGUGGCUCAGUUGAGAAGUGCACUGCCUCAUGUGGAACAGCCUAACGGAUGUCCAAGAUUUUAGGUUGGAUUGACCAGUCUGAACCAAAUUAGCUGAUCGUGUAGGUGUGCUGUUGCAGGAGUCUGGAACAUUCAAUUUCCUUGCAUUGCGAAGCACAAUACAAGAGUAUAUCUUCCCUACAUGCAAAAUGAAGUCUCACAGUAAAGCAACGCCUUGCUGAGUUCACAGAAAGCACCUAAUAUCCUUGUAACAUAAUUAGCAAAUUCCUUUUGUUAUGAAUGGCGAGAAUUGUGAUUUUGCCAGAUAUUUUUCUUAUCAUUUCAUUGUUUCACUCAAUAAUGUUAAUAGAAUUCUUUUUUCAUAAUUCUGUCUGCACUUCUGCGGCAAAUAGACGAUGGGAAUGUAAGACAAGUGUGUACCUUGUAAAAAUCAAAUAAAUCGUUCAUUACCCUGAAUUAAA